AAGCUGUGCAGUCGCUUAGCGAUGUGGACAGGAGUCGAAGGACUAGAAUGAGAUCACUGAACUCAUUUCACUUGUUGCUUACGGUACAGUCCAGCAUGAGCUGGAAAUGUAGGAACCUCAGCCUCCCGAGCAGAAAGAUUCCUUGACCGUCAGUCUGUGGCCUGCCCCUUCUCUUUAUAUGCAGCCACUCUCUGUUCCCUGCCCCAAUGAACAUCUGCACUAGGCCCAAGCCUUGGAGUGAUUUACCUGAAGAGUGACACCAUUUAUUUGAAAACUACUAUGAGGAAACUGAAGCCCAGAGAGGUGAAGUGAGGUGCCCAAGGCCACACAGCAAGUUAGAGGCACAGCUAGUACCAUAGCUCAAGUCUCCAGACUCCCAGUCCAGUGCUCCUCCCAUUACUCCACGGGUCCUGUCUCUAAGCUUCCUGACAAAUGCUAGAACGGUAAAACCUCCACUAGUAUUUUUCCAGACCAUGUUAAAACUCUUAAGGGGGAAAAAAGGAUGCUUUCUUGGAUAAUGUCAGCCAUACGUAGCUCAAGCUGUCUAAAGUUCUGGGACAGGGUCUUUUUAUGCAGCCAACAGAGUCCAAAUGUGGUGCUGUUUGCUUGGCCCAUAUGCUUUCAUGUGUUCCCAGUUAGGCCAUUACUGGAGGGAAAAAAACAAGAAUCAGCUUGUUUUAAAACAAGGGACAUACUGGACUCCCUCCCAUCCCCCCUCAGAAAAAAAAAAAAAAAUCAAGUUAUCUUUAACAGAUUCUAAAAAUGCCUUUUCCCAAAUAUGCAGUCAGUUCCUUCAAAGGGCCCUUUGUUUAUUUUCAGGAAGAAACCCAAGACAGCUGAAAACCAGAAGGCAUCUGAGGAGAAUGAGAUUACUCAGCCGGGCGGAUCCAGCGCCAAGCCCGGCCUUCCCUGCCUGAACUUUGAAGCUGUUUUGUCUCCAGGCCCAGCCCUCAUCCACUCAACACAUUCACUGACAAACUCUCACGCUCACACCGGGUCAUCUGAUUGUGACAUCAGUUGCAAGGGGAUGACCGAGCGCAUUCACAGCAUCAACCUUCACAACUUCAGCAAUUCCGUGCUCGAGACCCUCAACGAGCAGCGCAACCGUGGCCACUUCUGUGACGUGACGGUGCGCAUCCACGGGAGCAUGCUGCGCGCGCACCGCUGCGUGCUGGCGGCCGGCAGCCCCUUCUUCCAGGACAAGCUGCUGCUGGGCUACAGCGACAUCGAGAUCCCGUCCGUGGUGUCGGUGCAGUCGGUGCAAAAGCUCAUUGACUUCAUGUACAGCGGCGUGCUGCGCGUCUCGCAGUCGGAAGCCCUGCAGAUCCUGACGGCCGCCAGCAUCCUGCAGAUCAAAACGGUCAUCGACGAGUGCACGCGCAUCGUGUCGCAGAACGUGGGCGAUGUGUUCCCGGGGAUCCAGGACUCGGGCCAGGACACGCCGCGGGGCACCCCCGAGUCGGGCACCUCGGGCCAGAGCAGCGACACCGAGUCGGGCUACCUGCAGAGCCACCCGCAGCACAGCGUGGACAGGAUCUACUCGGCGCUCUACGCCUGCUCCAUGCAGAACGGCAGCGGCGAGCGCUCCUUCUACAGCGGUGCGGUGGUCAGCCACCACGAGACGGCGCUCGGCCUGCCCCGCGACCACCACAUGGAAGACCCCAGCUGGAUCACGCGCAUCCACGAGCGCUCGCAGCAGAUGGAGCGCUACCUGUCCACCACCCCCGAGACCACGCACUGCCGCAAGCAGCCCCGGCCCGUGCGCAUCCAGACCCUGGUGGGCAACAUCCACAUCAAGCAGGAGAUGGAGGACGACUACGACUACUACGGGCAGCAGAGGGUGCAGAUCCUGGAGCGCAACGAGUCCGAGGAGUGCACGGAAGACACCGACCAGGCCGAGGGCACCGAGAGCGAGCCCAAGGGCGAAAGCUUCGACUCGGGCGUCAGCUCCUCCAUAGGCACCGAGCCCGACUCCGUAGAGCAGCAGUUCGGGCCCGGGGCGGCGCGGGACGGCCAGCCGGAACCCGCGCAACCUGAGCAGGCUGCGGAAGCCCCUGCCGAGGGCGCCCCGCAGCCGCACCAGCUGGAGACCGGUGCCUCCUCCCCGGAGAGAAGCAGCGAGGUGGAGAUGGACAACACGGUGAUCACUGUCAGCAACAGCUCCGACAAGAGCGUCCUGCAGCAGCCUUCGGUCAACACGUCCAUCGGGCAGCCAUUGCCAAGUACUCAGCUCUACUUACGCCAGACGGAAACCCUCACCAGCAACUUGAGGAUGCCUCUGACCUUAACCAGCAACACACAGGUCAUUGGCACAGCCGGCAACACCUACCUGCCGGCCCUCUUCACUACCCAGCCCGCGGGCAGCGGCCCCAAGCCUUUCCUCUUCAGCCUGCCACAGCCCCUAGCAGGCCAGCAGACCCAGUUUGUGACAGUGUCCCAGCCCGGCCUGUCGACCUUUACUGCACAGCUGCCAGCGCCACAGCCCCUGGCCCCAUCCGCAGGCCACAGCACAGCCAGUGGGCAGGGCGAAAAAAAGCCUUAUGAGUGCACUCUCUGCAACAAGACUUUCACCGCCAAACAGAACUACGUCAAGCACAUGUUCGUACACACAGGUGAGAAGCCCCACCAAUGCAGCAUCUGUUGGCGCUCCUUCUCCUUAAAGGAUUACCUUAUCAAGCACAUGGUGACACACACGGGAGUGAGGGCGUACCAGUGUAGUAUCUGCAACAAGCGCUUCACCCAGAAGAGCUCCCUCAACGUGCACAUGCGCCUCCACCGGGGCGAGAAGUCCUAUGAGUGCUACAUCUGCAAAAAGAAGUUCUCCCACAAGACCCUCCUGGAGCGGCACGUGGCCCUGCACAGUGCCAGCAACGGGACCCCUCCCGCGGGCACACCUCCGGGGGCCCGUGCAGGCCCCCCAGGGGUGGUGGCCUGCACGGAGGGGACCACCUACGUCUGCUCCGUCUGUCCAGCAAAGUUUGACCAAAUCGAGCAGUUCAACGACCACAUGAGGAUGCAUGUGUCUGACGGAUAAGUAGUAUCUUUCUCUCUUUCUUAUGAACAAAACAAAACAACAAAAAGAAACAAACAAACAAAAAAAGCUAUGGCACUAGAAUUUAAGAAAUGUUUUGGUUUCGUUUUUACUUUCUGUUUUUGUUUUUGUUUCUUUUCCUUUUGUACUACAUGAAGAACUGUUUUUGCCUGCUGGUACAUUACAUUUCCGGAGGCUCGGGGGAGGAAGCGUUCUCCCAGUCUCCCUCGGAUGGUGGCCUUAAGGCCUGGUAGUGCUUCAAGAGGUCCACUGGUUGGAUCUCUAGCUACUGGCCUCUAAAUACAACCCUUCUUUACAAAAAAAUCUUUAAAAAAAAAAGUUAAAAAAAAAUUUUUUUUUCACUUGUGAAGAGCACUACAAAAAUAUAUAACAAAAUCUAAAAGGCCUACUGUCUUUUAAGUACACCGCUUGCAGUGUUUCAGUGGACAUUUUCACAAUUCUGGCCGCUUGGACUUCACAGUAACCAGUUAAAACUGUGGAAUAUCACUUUCUGGUUGAAAACCCAGAGGAAAGGCCCUGCUGUUUUCCACCUACCACACUGUCUGAUUUCAUACAAGGGCUGUGGGGGUGGGAAGGGGCGUGGGUUUGGUGGUGUGAGAAAGGCAAAUGGCAGGCUUCUCCCCCAGAUUCUGCUGGGUCCACACACCCUGGCCCACCUCCUCCAGACCCCACCCCCUUUCAGCAGAAGCCAGGAAGACUUGGACAAGCAUCAAGCAGCAGUGGCUUUCGUAUUUAUUCAGUGUCUUCGCUGAGCCCCAGCCUCAGCACAAUCAAGAGGGACUUUCAUGAAAGGCAGGAAUGCAGAUAAAACAAAGAUAUCAGAGGUUUGCACCUACGUUUCUAGGUACAAGAGAAGGAUUAUUUCCAACAAUCUUUGCAAAAAACAAAAACAAACAAAAAAAAAGUGUCAGGAUAUAUUCUUGUGGAAGAGAAAAAGAAAGAGAAAUGGAGGGUGGGGGGAAAAUAAAAAGUUCUUGAGGCUUUUUUAAUUCAAAAUUUUAUAGAGGGGCAAAAGUGACGUUUACCAGAUAGAAUGCUGAUUUUUUAAUAUAUUUACAACAGUAUUUGUGUAAAAAAAAACAAAAAAAGUGAGAUUGUUAAAGUAAUUUUUUUUUUCAUUUUGGUUUUGCAUACACUGCCGCCACCAAUCCCUUCUCUUUUAUUUUAUUUCACACACAUAUAUAUAUUUUUUGGUAAGUCAAGACUGUUAAGGUUAGCGAUACUGCUUCCAGAUAGAAAGAAUAAAAGGCAAUUAAAGUUAUAUUUGAAAGAGAGGAAGGAUAUUUUCUUCAUAUUUUUUUAAAUUUUUCUUAAUUUCUAUUAUUUUAAGUAUUGCCUGGGUUGAUGAGGGCCUCUGGCCAGCCCAUCCCUGCUGUAAUUUGAACUGCUGCUUUGUAUUUUGAUAUGUAGUUUUUCGACUUUUAGCAAGCUUAUGUUGCUCCACUGAAUAUUUUUUUCAACUGAUUCAUCUAGAAUUCUGUUCUUUUUCACGGGAGGGACUUUAUCUUUCAGAAACAGAUUUCUUGCUUCUCUGAAAGUUCAUUGAGAUCUUAUGAUUCUAGAAUUUCUAUUGACUUUAUCUUCUUUCUUUGAUGAAACACUAGUCGUCUAGAGGCCUUGACAAAUGGGUUCUUUCCUUUUGCGGUCAGCCAGGAGGAGGAGUUCAUGACACUCUGCCUUCCCUCCUCACCCUUCACAACUGCAGAGGGCGGCCUUAUCAGAAGCCUGUUGCAGAUCACGAUGCCUGAUGCCAAAAUUACUUUCUUCCUUUCAAAGAUCACCUUCCGACUAUUUCCACCAUGGUUGAGAGGGCUAAAUAAGAUGAGUUAUUAACCCUUGCUUGUUGGUAAGGUUUUGAAAAAACUAACAAAAAUCUCCCAGAUGCCAACAUCCACCAUUCAAGAGGCCACCAAUUCAUUGUAUCAUCUUAGAUGCCACUCUCUCUUCCUAGUUGGGAUUUCUCUCCUCGGUCCUGAUCAAGGUAUCAGAAUAGAGGUUUUUUCCAUUAUAGACAGUGUCCUAAAGGGAUUCCAACUCAAAUAUAUGAAUUCUUAAACCUAAUGAAAACUCCAAAGGUGAUUUCAUUGCUGGGCAUAUUUUAACACACUUAAGGGGAAAAGUAAAUCUUUAAACAAAGCAAAAACACUAAACUACAAUUUAAAAAAAAAAAAAAAAGGAAAGAGUAUUUCAGUUUCAAAAUUACUUUGCAUUUUAAUUUAAUUUUCCUAUCAGCAAGUUUUCCUUAUUUACAAAAACUGUGCAACAAAUGAGGAGAAAUCUUCCAAGGGAAGCAACUGUAUAAUAACUAAAUUGGUUUUACUCAUACAUUUUAGAAUUGGUUAACUUGUGUCUUUUCCAUAAGUUCUUGGUGAUGUUUAGUAGGGUUAGUGCAACUGGCGUAUAUGUGAGUUUGAUUUGGUCCUGUGGUCCUUAAUUCAGUAAAUAUUUUGCUAGAAGUUUUAAUGUAGACUUGGAUGAUUAACUGACCUUUAAGUAUCACCCAUCGUGAUUUCUAAGAGGAGUCCACCAAAAACUAUAUGUCCAAAAUUGACCUGUUUUAAAAGCUAGUGGGAAACAGCUUCAGAAAUAAGAAAAGAGUCCAUUUUCUCUUGCUAAUUUUGCUUUUUGAAAUAGCUCUUAAGACUCCGGUAUUUCCACUUACUACCAAUAGAGGGAGCAUUAGUUAAUUAACCAUGUCAUAGAAUUUUGAUAUUUUGAAAAAUGUGUCAUUCAACCCAUGAUGUAAAAAGAGAAAAAAUUAACAUUAAAAAGAAAGAUCAUUUUAAUCUAGAGGAAAAUGACAUGAAAUCACUCGGCAUAUGUUACAAAUGGAAAAAGGCCAAAAGCCCUUUUAAAAUAUUUUGAGUUAUUUGACAGUAGCUGGUUUACGAUGGUGUCCUUGCUCAAACCUUAGCAAAGUAGACAGAUGUUAUAAGACCUCCAGGAACUUGAUCUUGGGUGCCAGUAUGGGCCACAUUUGGCUAUCUGCUUCUCAAAUCUGAGGGAGACCCAUUUGCCUUAACGCUGAUUUGCCAUGUAAAAAACUAAGCAAUUGGGUUAAAAUUUACUUUUGUUAUAGAACACUUGGGGGGGGGGUGGAAUACCAGUUGGGUUUAAAUCCUAAUAUUCAUCCUUUCCCUUCAAAUGAAGUAUCUCUUUUUUUAAAAUGUUGGAGGACUCCCCAUGAAUUCCUGGUGAGGUGAUGUAAUCAUUAUCACAAUAUGGACUACCCAGGUUUGCAUCAGUAGACUUUUUCUUACCAUGUGUCUGUUCUUCCCAGACAUCUCAUAGUCCAAAACAGUUGGCAGAGUGUUCUCUGGAGAAAAGAAGAAGCUAGACUGGAAUGGAAGAUCUAAGCUGGGGAGCUUGCUGUGGGGCCAUGCUCUGGCCUCUGAAAGGGCUGCUUUCCAAACUGACCUACACUCUAGGAAAUAAACCAGUCUGCCCCUGUUUCAGAAGGCUAGAGAUGCUUUUAGUUUGUCAGUCCUUAAUCACCAACAUCUUAGGAAAGGGGUAACAUUUUGCUUCAAGAAUAGAAGAUGAGCAUGGAUUCUUUUAUUUUCUUAGUUUCAAAUCCAACAACCUUCUUGCAUUUGUAACUUUAUGCUAGGUUGCUAUGAGCGCUAAAAAAAAAAAAAAAAAAUUCAGCAGCCAAGGGGGAAAAAAUAGAUGAAAUGGAAGCAAAUGUUCCAGAUUUAAGACCUCUUAGGGUAAGUACAGAGAACAAGAACUGGUAUGGAAAAGUACAUUUUUUUUUUUUAGCAAUUUAUGAUUUAAAACUGGAUUAGCUGGACAAGGUAAAGGAAAAAAUAGUCAAAGCGGAAUGUUUAUCUCAAGACAUUUAGAUACAGUUUAUGAAAAAUAAAAUUUCCUAGCACUAAAACAUCAGUAGCAACUUAACAGAGUGGGCAAAUUUUCCCCUAUUAAUAUAAUAAGUGCCAAUAUUUGUACCCCCCCAUAACCCCAAAUGUGUAAAAUAGAGUCCCAAGAAAGAAAGGAAUUAGGACACGUGGAUCUGAUACAGAUCUACACAUGGGAAAAGAUUGAGAAACAAGCCAGGCCAAAAAAGAAUCUGAAGUAAAAUCUCUACAUCAAAGUAUUUCUUACUAUACAGUUUGAGUUAUAACCUUUAGCUUCUAAUAACAGUUUUAUAGACUUUUUCUUCCCCAAAUUCCUAAUGUGCUGAAUCUGUUUGUGCCAUGAGUAACUGUGGUGGAUACUUCCCUGCUGUUGUUCAGGCUGAAGCCCAUUCCUUCUUCCUAGGCAUCUCGGAGGUCACAGUAGCUCCUGGCCUUAGAAAGAAAGACUUGAAUUUGCUUUGUUUAAAAGUCACGGGGAUUUUAUUUUGUAUCAACUCAAUGUUCUGUAAGGACCAAGAAAACUUCUUCCAACUCAUGAACAGUUAGAAUUUGUGCAUUGUGAUAUGUGAAGAGAAAAGGUUUCCUCUGGGUGUGUUAGUUUCAUGUUCGUCCUAAUGCCUUCACCUACCUGUUCCCCAUCAUACAAGCACACCAACAGUAUGUGCCCAGCCCAGGCCCCAAAUCAGUGUUUUCCCUCAGCACAGAAGUUGAGAGUGAGGUGUGCUCCUUAUAAAAUCCCUCAGAGCCCCCAGAGAACAUGAUAAGGGUCAUGUCAUGUCCUUGGUAUGGCUCCUCCAGAAUGUUCCCAAUACCUGUUGUCCUGAGAAAAGAGAGCAAUUAGGUAGAUCUGGCCUGGAUUCUCACUAGCGAUGCCCAUUUUGGAGCCUUCCUCUAAUGUUCUAGAAGGUGUCGUUUAAUCAGUUGGGGCUGGGAGCAGAGGAUGUGUAACUCUGCAGCAAAGGUAUCAGAUACCCACAUCAGGUCUGCAUCUGCUAGAGCCAGUGUGCUGCCGCAGCAAAAAGAAACUAAAUGAAGGUGCAAGGGAGGAGUAGGCACCACCUGAGAUGCCCUUGGGAUUUAGAAGGGAGGGUGCCCUUUCUGUUGUGGCCUGACUCUUAAGAAGAAUCUUCUGAAAGAGUUCUUUAAUGUAGUCAUGAGUUGAAGUCCAGGGUACUGGGAGCCCUAGGGAAGAGAACAGAAGGAUUGCGAAACAUAUUCAGCACCAAUAAUGCAAAGCCAGAAAGCAUCCAAUCGCAAUACUAGGAGGUUUGGCAAGAGGUGUUUAGAGAAAGCUCUGGGCUUUUCCAUGGGUAGGGUCGACAAACUUUCUUUUGAGUGAUUUCUGGCUCUGAGAAACCUCUUUACUCACUAUAAAAGAACUUUAUUUAAAUGGCCAAUUUUGUGCCCCAGAGAAAGAAAUUUUAUAAAGAGAAAAAUAGGACACUAAAGACAGAACCAUGUGACUUGGUGUCAAACAAAAGGAAGGGCGCACUAGAAUUUCAAUAGACUCCCUGAUUCCACAGAAGAGCCAGGCAACCCAGUGCCUCUCAGUGUGCAGUGUGUGAAGGGGGUGCUUGAGCUGAGCUGGGCUCCCCGAGGCCAGACGCACCCUCACAGUGGUCCAGCAGCAGCUGCUUUCUCUUCUGCAUUCUCUUGAAAAAGGGGGCUGUCCUCUUAGGCACCCAGGAAAUAGAUGACACAGGGCAAACUUUCAAAAGCAAUCUCUACCCUGGUGCUCAGGCCGCAUAUGGAGACAGAAAAGGGGCACAGAGGAACUCUUGCUCUAGAGAGAAUAUUUUCAGAUUCCCAACAGCUGUUUGUGUAGAGUUGCCAUUUCUGAUACUGCUUAAACCUCCUCAAGCAGGAAAGCUGUGGUGACUCUGUGUUCCUAUAAACACAGAGCCUAGAAAUCACUAACUCAAAGCAUCAUUUCUAGCACUAGGUACUAAAAUGCUUAACCUGACCAAAACACCCCAAAGAUUUUGAUAAGUCUCUGAAUAUUUUUUCCUCCUGGAACACUGAAUCCAUCGUGGUCAGCAGUGCGUGUUAACAGAUCCCAGAAAGUGGCGUGGAACACUAGAGUCUGUUUGGGUUCUUUUUAGGGUGAAGAGGGAGAAGAUGAGGGCUGCACGGUAUGGGUUCCUUUUCAGAACGAUGUGUUUCACUGAACGAGGCGUAGAAAUGCCCUGAAUUGAAACAAGAAACAUUAUUUUUCACACCACUGACCAAAAACGCCUGGAUUCCAGUAGUUCUUCAGGCCCGGCCUGUUGCUCCAAAAACUGAAUAAUUUCAGACUAAAUCUAAUCUGAAGUGACCUCAGUUAAGGUAUUUUCACAGGAAGCCACUUAUAAUAAAAAAUUACUGCCUUAAGUCAGAAAGCCCAGGGAAGAGAACAGAAGAUAGAGAGAUUGGAAAGGUGUGAAGGCGUGAACAUUUCUUGCUUUUUAAUGGUUGCAUUAUUACAAAAAAUGAGCCCUAUUCAAUACUGAAGACUAUGGAAAUGGUGACUUUGGGGGGAGGCAUUAAACUUGUCAGGACCUGGCUGCUCUCAGGAAGUGGCUGCUAUCUCCUCUCCUAUUUCAGUGACAUAGGUCUGGACUGGAUGUAAAAUAGACAUCCUAUUAGCUAAAUAGUGAGUCCCAUAAGACAUGAUCACAGGUGCCUAAGAUGCUAGUUUGAAUCAUUUCUUCAACAGGGAGAACAAUCUCAAUGAAAAGCUUUCUUUUCCUGUACAGUGUAUAUCUCUAAACUUUUUUUUCUCUCAGUUUCAGUGAGCAUCUGGUUUAUCUGGUGGUUCCUUGUUUAAAUGCAAACUCACAACUUUCAAGUCUUCAAUGAAGGAGGACAAUCGGCAGAUCAUAGGCAAAAUCUAGCCACAGUUAUUGGAGUCCUGGCUUUUGAGAUACCUAAUUAGGGUGUCAAAAGUCCCUAACUAGCCCUCUUUCAAAUUCAGAGGUUUCCUUGAUUCAAAAUGCUUCAAUGAGAUUCUAAUACACCCAAGACAGAAAAAAAAAAAAAUUAACCCCAUAGGAGACGUGUUUCUACUACUGUGGCAACAGAAGUUUGUUGUUGCCCAGCAAAACCAUCGCAAUGUAUAUGUAGAUUCUAGUAAUGAAAGGGACUUAACCCAUCUAGUAUGUCACAGCUGCUGUCCAAAAUGUCUGUACGUGAGUCUCUGUUAUGCAUGUACACACGCAGUGUGAGGUGCUCUCUGUACAAAACUCUUCCACAUUCGUAUUCGCCACUGACAACAAGAUAGAGUCCGGAAUUUCCAGUUAGUCAGAGGUCUCACGUAUCUCACGCAUCUGCUUCUGCUCCGUGGCCUCAGUUGGGUGCGUUCGUGCGGUCCACUGUCUGUGAUGAGGCUCUAGGGUAUUCGGAAGGAGCCCGACCAUCAGGAAUUUCUAUGUACCCCUUUCAUGAGAAACUUGAAUAUGCCUGUGUGGAGUAGAGUGCACUUAAUGUAUCGCACUUCUAUUGGAUUUACGGACGUGCGUGUGGACGUGUGUGUCUGCGUGUGUACUUGCUGUAGUCUAUGAGUGUGCGUGCGUCUCACACAAAGCACACACAAGCAUAGGUCCUGGUGCGUAGAUACAGUUGCCGCUUCCUACCAUCGUGCUCAAGACUGGUGGCUCCCUUCCCAGGAAGCAGUCACCUGCCCACUCUGUUGCUUUCUGUAGCGUUUCAGAGUUGGGAGAAACAAAGGCAGCCUGUUGGAUCCACAGCAAACCCGCAGCGACAGGCUGCUUUCCUCCAGAAGAAGGCAGAACAGACAUACUUAACUGGCAGGUAGACAAGAGGGGGCAGCAGUCUGGGGCACCCCCUCUUCCCCGGGUUUCCUGUGGAGGAGGGGGCACCGAGGUCAGGCAGGCAAGGGCCACACAAACCUUGCUUGAGCCCUUCCGUGGCUUAAAAGCCUCCGUUCCUUUCCUCUAUGCAACCCAGUGCAUGCACACAAACACCCAGCCACUUGUAAGUUUGACUCCCAAACGAAGGCUUCCUCAUCCUGCGUGCAUCUGCAGGAAACCGUCAUCUUCACAAACUGUGUCUCCUGAAACCAAUGUGGCCUUUGCCCAAGUCUUUCCAGGAGUGGGUUGUUUACCAUGUCUAGCAAACCAAUAGACUCUCAGAAGAAUCUUUUUUGGUAAUCUCUAAGAAUUGGUGGCUCUUGCCCAUCUCAAACGUUAAAGUAGCAUGUGCUCUAGUGCACUUUUCUGAACGAACGGACCUGGCUCUCAUAGCUCACUUUGGAGGGUGGCCUGGAAACAGUCAGAUUCAGUUUUCUCACUCCCACGCCCUUCUUUUACUCAAUGGUUUCUUAUUUUUUUAUGACGUGUAGAUUAUUUCUGCUCACUUACAGAAUUCAGAGGACAUUUUCUUUCCUCUUCUCUUUUGGUGACUUUUCC